GCCUUCUUUCCCUAAAAUUUGCUAAGGAAAGAUGGUUAAGUUAUUUCCUCUUAACAAUAGUACUAAGCUCUUUAUCAUCUCUUUUUUAGUACUUGUUUUAGCAAAGCCAAAUGCAGCAAAGAGUGUAGUAAAUUUCGGGGCAAGGCCCGAUGGCCGGACCGACUCAACCCAAGCCUUCCAAAAGGCAUGGUCUUGGGCUUGUAGAUCGACAAGGCCCGUCACACUCAUUGUACCACAUGGAAAGUUUGUGGUCCGGCCCAUGUUCUUCAACGGUCCAUGUAGGAAACAGGUCACGUUAAGGAUUAAGGGUACAAUCAUCGGUCCAUCGGAUUACCGGGUUUUGGCCCGGUCAAGUGUAUGGCUAAUGUUUUACAAUAUUAAUGGUCUUGUUAUCAAUGGUGGUACCCUUGAUGCUAGGGGUCACGACUUUUGGUCAUGCAGACAUCGUAUAGGGUAUUGUAACAAUGGAGCACAGUCUAUAUCAUUUGUAUCAUGCAAAAACGUAGUGUUGAAUGGCCUGAAGUCACUGAACAGCCAAAAGAGCCACAUGAGUAUAAAGAACUGCAACAAAAUAAACCUCAAUCACUUGACACUAAGAGCUCCGAGUGGGAGUCCUAACACCGAUGGCAUUAACGUUCAACACACUAAUCACUUCACCAUUUAUGGUUCGCUGAUUAAAACCGGAGAUGAUUGUAUUGCCCUUGGACCUGGCACCCAAAACGCCGUCAUUAAUAAAAUUGCUUGCGGUCCUGGCCAUGGUAUUAGCAUCGGUAGCAUGGGAAACAGCCUACGAGAAGCUGGAGUAGAAAAUGUAGUAGUGUCAAACGUAGGGUUUUGGAAGACAACAAAUGGUGUAAGAAUCAAGUCAUGGGCUAGACCUAGCAACAGUUUUGUUCGCGGCAUCACAUUUCGAAAUCUCAACAUGUACAAUGUUUAUAAUCCUAUCAUCAUCGACCAAAAAUAUUGUCCAAAUAACCAAUGCCCUCACCAGAAUUCCGGAGUGAAGAUUAGUAAUAUAAAGUACAUAAAUGUAAAAGGAGUAUCAAGGACCAAAGAAGCAAUAAUAUUUACUUGUAGUCCAAGCAAUCCAUGCACAGGGAUCAAAUUGAAAGAUGUAAGGUUAACUUUUGGGAAUAAACCAGCAAUAUCAAAGUGCAGCUAUGCUCGUGGAAGUAGUCGAGGCAAAGUUACCCCUCGAAGUUGCUUAUAUUAGAACUCAUUUCUUAUGAGUUAAUCACAAAUUGAUACAAAUUAAAGAAGCUUUUUUAAUAUUUUAGCUUCUUGAUUAAACUUAGCUUAAUUGUAUGUAUAAACUUCAAUGAUUGAUGGAUUAUAUAUAAAUGGUUUUAUUAUUACAUUAGGGCUCUGUAUGUUUUAAUGGUAAACAUUUUUGGUAUGGAAAAUGAUUUGUCAUUGACGUUUUUGACUAAGGGACAACAUAAUUGUAA